AUCGGACAUUAAAAGCCCUACUUGGCCUUACGAUGUGACAGCAAAUUCCUCUGAGUAGAGAAAAGUUUUAACCUGGUCCAAAAUAACUAUUGGCAGAGGGCAGGCUUCAGUUGUCCUUAAUCCAUUUCAUGUUGGAAAUUUGGUGGAAAACGUGCCUCUGAAACAUCCUCACAAGCUACAGCACUUUGAAGCGAACUUUCAUUUCAAGUCAGUAGCUGAAGUGUAUGAGAGAAAUGGGCUUGGUGAACACGUCAGAUACUGUUUUCACUAACGUGAUUAUUUUUUAAAAUCCAUUUUUGUACAUCUAGGAGUGAGCAGAAGAAAGUGAUAGAAGGGUAGAGUGGCAAAAUUAAGGUCUGCCAAAUUGGAUCAGGAAUCAAGCAUGUCCACUGGGAAAAGUGUACAGAAUGCUCUCCCUGGAAGAGUGACUGCAUUAUGAAGAUGCUUAAAAUAAAUAUAUCAUGAAAAUAUUGUGACUGCAACCUUAUGUUGACACCUUUGGCCUGCUCAGAGAUGUUUUUUGCAUUUUCAAGAAAAAAUGUGUCCCAGAAAUUGAGUUUAUUGUUACUAGUGUUUGGUUUUAUCUGGGGCAUAAUGUUACUGCGCUACACUUUUCAGCAUCCAAGGCAACAGAGCAGUGCUGAGUUACGUGAGCAAAUACUUGACUUGAGUAAAAAAUAUGUUAGAGCACUGGCAGAAGAAAACAAGAAUAUAAUGAAUGGUGGUAAUGGAAUUUCUAUGGCAGGAUAUGCUGAUCUCAAAAGAACAAUUGCAGUUCUUCUAGAUGACAUCUUGCAACGCUUGGUCAAACUGGAAAACAAGGUUGAUUACAUGGUUGUAAAUGGCUCGACAACAAACACUACAAAUGGGAACUUGAUGCCAGCAACAACAAGCAAACGGGUAAAUGCAGCAGGCAACUUAAGAUAGCAUUCAAGAACAUUUUCUGUAGCUGUAUCUGCUACAGAUUUCAGUGAAGAAUGGCUGACCUACAGAAGUCUACAACUUGUUGCAACACAGUCCCAACUUCUUUAUAUAAAGCUUUGAAAAGCUUUUGUGUUACGAUAGCUCUUUCAUAAAACAGUGCUGUAUUAUAUCUUAUUUAAAGAUAUGCUGGUUACAUAGCUAUUCUAGAAUGGUAAGUAGGUAAAUUUGUAAAUCAUGUGUGAGAUUCUGUGACAAUUAUGGAAAAGAUACAGAUUUAAUAUCUACCUAAAUAUAAAUCUAAUGUAUCUUAGGAAAAAUUGGCUUAAUUUUCUAGCAUUUUGGCUUAAUUUUGUGAUUAAUGCAAAACAAUGAAGAACAAUGCCUUUAACAUAAGUGCUGGGAAGUAUAUGUAUAAAGUAUUUUAACAUCACCUUUAGCUUAUUUGGUUUUUUACAAUUUAAGUAACAUUGUGGAUAACAUCCUAAAGUGGUGAUCCAAAGAAUGUCUUUUAUUUGCACUAUCUGAAAUAGCUUGAGAGAGAAUAUAUUAAAAAUACACUUCACAUGUGUGAAACUUAAAAUAGUACUAUGCUGAAGUGUGCACUUGCUGAACAAGGGCAGUCAGAGGCAAACUGCAAUCUGCAAUGGUAUACAUAGCUGUUUCAGAAAUAUUUAAAUGUAUUUUGCAACUGAAGAUAAACCUAAGUGAUAAAAUCACACUGAUGUUGAACACUGCUAGCUUUUUUUCAUUGCUUUUGACUUGACUAUAUGAUUAUCUUACAACCUAUGAGAAAUGUGAUACUUAUCUCAUUUCCUCUUUUUAAGCAAAACAAGAGGAAUGGGCUAAACUUAGAUGAAGAGAAGCAAGGCAUCGUGAUGUUAACUGAAGAGAUAUGCUAGGGAAUGCAGUCUGUAAGGCAGGUACUGCUGCUCUGUGACUGCCUUUUGAAAUGAGUGAUAGUUGUAAGACAGUAAUGCCUGAUAGAUUUGAACCCAAGAUUUCUUACGAGGACUUGAAAGCAAGUGGGAGCAAAGGUGUGCAUUGCCUUAUAUCCAUGUUAGCCUUACAGCGGAGAAUUGCAGUGAGGGAGCACUAUAUUACACAGUGUGCUUUCUGUAUCAUAAAUUAUAAAAUGAAGUGCCAGUCUAAGUUUUGCAUUGGUAUGGAAUGAUUUCUAAAGUGUUCUAGCAUUUUUGCUUAAAAUAGGCUGUGUAGUUUUGAAAGAACAUUUUAUUUAAAGAAAGGAUCAGAUUUGCGGUGCUAGAUAAACCAUCCUCAUGAUUAUUUCUGCAGAUGACACUACAGUCUGGGUAGAUUAAAAAUAAAGUGAAAUCUAUAUAGUCAAA